UAAUGUGUUUCAGUUGGUGAAUAUAAUUUUUAUUUGAAUCAUGUUGUCAUUGUCGGAGUCGGCCAUAUUCAUUUUGUAGCAGCUGAUUUGUCACAGUGAUUUUCUACAGAAAUAAAUCAGAAAAAUAAAAAAUUUUAAAAUGCUGUCCCGAAGAAUUACUGUGUCAAUUCCAAAAAUUGUAAAGAGAAAUAUCGGAAUUACUGCACCUGCUUUACAAGCAGCAAGCGAUCCUAUUCAAAAAUUGUUUGUUGACAAAAUUAGAGAAUACAAAUCAAAGAGUUCGGGUGGUAAAUUAGUUGAUCCUUCGCCAGAAAUUGAGCGAGAAAGGAAACAAGAAUUAGAAAAAAUUGCUAAACAAUACGGAGGAGAUGGACAAACUGAUAUGACACAAUUCCCUCAAUUCAAAUUCACAGAACCCAAAGUAAAUGUUGGAACCGCAGAAAAGUAAACCAUAGGAGGAAUGCCAUUAAGGAAGUAGAGAAUGAAAAAAAUUGGAAUCCUUUAGAUUCAAAUGGAUUCGCAAAAAAUCAGUGAUUGUUUUGCAUAUGUGUACAGGAACUUUUUUUCAAUUAUUUAAUUAAAAACCCGACUCUCUUUGUUCAACCUAAUUGUAAUUUCAAUUAAUAGUUGUCAUGAUCAUUUUCCUGCCUUAAAUAGAAUAAAAUAUGAAGAAAUUUAA